GCAGGCGCGUGUCCCAUCUCUGUCCCUGUUCGUAAAACUGAAGGUUUAUUCACGGAUAGUCUCAGGAAAUGGGAAACUCUGCUAUCACUGGUUAAUAAAGAGGACACAGGUAAACCCGGCCGUGAUGACAGAGGGAGGCCGCGGCCCGGCCGCUCGGACGGUUCUUCAGCAGUGUCUGCGGGCCACACUGCAGGUGAGACCGGCUGAUGGAGACACAGAGGCUCAGUUUGUCCAGAUCGACAGAGGAAUGGUGAUCUACAUCUGUUUCUUCAAAGGAGCCACAGAUGACAUCCUCCCUAAGAUGGUGUCCACUCUGUUGAACCUGCGGCUGUGUGAAUCUGACUCGGGGAAGACGGUGUCGGUGCGGGAGCUUCCUGGCAGCCUGCUGAUCGUCCCUCAGGCCACGUUGGGCGGGAAGGCCAAGGGUAGGGCCAUGCAGUACCACAACAACAUCAGCAAAGAGGACGGCCUGCGGCUCUAUGGCGCCUUCGUUGCUUUGUGUGAGAAGGAGCUGAUGGCUGCUUCUUCAGCCGGCAGCGAAGUGACGGUCAAACAUGGGACAUAUGGAAACAGACAAGUGCUCAACCUGGACACCAAUGGACCAUACACACAUCAGAUGGAGUUCUGAAGCGCUGCGACAGCUGAAACUGAAACUGCUGUUUUCCUCAGACUGAUAUAUUGAUGUUUGAUUGAUAUAUUUUUGAUUAAAAACUAAUUACACAGAU